AUGAUAUCUCCUGUCUCUAUACCUAAUCCUUUACAUGUUUACUCAAAUCAAAAACCCUUUAGCCCAUCUUAAAUUAAUUAAUAGUCUAAUUUAUUAUUAAGAAAAUUACAACCUCAAUAAUCAGAUAUAAUCACAUCUAUUCAACCUAAAAGUGCUCAUUCUAAUAAUAAUUUUCAAUAAGGAUUAUCUAAACUACUUAAAACAAGCCCAUAUGGCUAAUUAACUAAACAAAAAUCUAUGAUUUAAAUAUUUAACUCAGAUAGCUUCUCUUAAAACUAUUUAAGUGGUUGUACUCCUCCCUUAUAGGCUUCUCAUCAUUUUUUUUAAGCAGAAAUAAAGCCAUCAAUUUCAUAAACAUAGAGCAGUAUUUCAAGAAGAAUUGCAUCUAAUUAUAAAGUCACUCUCCAUAAAAAAUCAUUUGAUAACUCUUCAUAAUUAAUAUCCUGUAGAGUCAAAGAUAAAUAAACUAUAACAGCUCUUCAGAUUUUAUUAAAAAGAACUACUCACUUAUUAUAAAAUUAUAAGGAUCAGAUUGCCAAAUAUGAAGUUGAAAAUGCAUAGCUCAAACAAAAAAUUGCUGUUCUAAAAAAUUCAUGA